AUGGACCAAGACGCCUAUACUGCAGCAGAUAUUCUGAACGAAGACUUCUUUUACGAAACAUUCUAUGGCGAUCAGCCUACUGGCAAAAUUCCGAAUAUCAAUUCAAUUGAAAAACUAGUGGAUUCAACCAUCUCCAAAGUCUCUUAUCGCCCAUUUCUAUACGAAUAUUUCAAAUCAAUGAUUUAUUUAUUUGAAAUGGAAGAUUAUAAGAAUGCCUUUGAAUUUAUGAAAAAGAGUGUAGAAAAAUUUAUUAAUCAAGUAUUUGAUAAAGAGAAUUAUUGGAGCGUAAAACUAAUGAAAUUUUUAAGCAGUGCUUUGUAUCGCGCUGCCGUAAAAGCUGCAGAUGCUCAAGAAGGAGGAACAGGAGACUCUGAAGAUUCUCAUCAAUUAGGUCCACUCUCUGCUGCAGCAAUGACACUACAAACAGCGUUGGCUGCUUCCAAUAGAGAUCGAACAAAUAUUGAAGAAUCAAAGAAAUGGGCUUCUUUGCACAUUACAAAUACUCUCAUUAGAUUUUAUUUCAAGUUGAACAAUUUAGAUUUGUGUUCAAAAUAUAUUCGAAGCGCAGUGUUAAAUGAUUUAAAUUAUCCACUCUCAGAAUUGGUGACUUUUAGAUUCUUUUCUGCACGAGUUGCUAUCUUACAAUCAAAAUUUGUUAAAGCAAAAGAAGAUUUAGAAUAUGCUUUAACUUACUGCCAUGAAGAUUACACGAAAAAUAAGAAGAUGAUCAUUCGAUACUUGGCAAGCGUAAAUUUAAUGUUAGGAAAAUAUCCAACACAAACACUCUGUGAAAAGUAUGACUUGAUGGAAUUCAUGGAACUUUCAAAAGCAUGUAGGACUGGGGAUUUAAGAACGUAUAGGAGGUGUCUUGCAGAAAAUAUGAACUUCUUUAUCAAUGAUGGUACUUAUUUGAUUCUAGAGAAAAUUAAGGUGGUAGUCUAUCGAAAUUUAUUGAGGAGAGUUUAUUGUUACAAAGAAAAAAGUGCCAGAAUACCAAUUCCAACAUUUUUAGCCGCUUUGAAAUUUGUUGAAGAUGAUCCUAUGGAUUUGGAUGAAGCCGAGUGCAUUCUCUCGAAUUUGAUUUUUUCUGGUUUUGUGAGAGGAUACAUUUCUCAUGAUAAGCAAAUACUCGUGGUGGCCAAACAAAAUCCAUUUCCUGCUCUUUCCACACUCUUUGAAGAAGAAUGA